AUGGCGCCGCCGGCCUCCAAAGUCAUACCGGGGACGGGCUUCCUGGUGGACGGCUUCAGGCACGCGGGGCCGUCGGUUCGCGCGUACUUCCUGUCCCACGCGCACUCAGAUCAUUAUACAGGGCUGAGUGAGACAUGGAGCCAAGGAUCAAUAUACUGCAGCGAAGUAACUGGCCGGCUUGUUGUGCAUAUGCUUGGAGUCAAUCCCAAGUACAUCCAUGCGUUGCCAAUGGACAUCCCUCGAAAUGUUGAAGGUGUGGAAGUCAUCCUUGUUGAUGCCAACCACUGCCCCGGUGCUGUCCAGUUCUUGUUCCGCUUGCCAGAUGGACGGCGAUAUGUGCACUGUGGCGAUAUGAGAUACUGCCCGGAGAUGUUGAUGCAUCCUCACCUGAAAAGGUGCAUCGGGGCACGUGCACUGUUCCUGGACACAACUUACUGCAACCCAAAGUACACCUUCCCGCCCCAGAAGGAGUCAAUAGACUAUGUGGCCACACAGAUCGCUGGCCUUCUCAAGGCGGAAGCUGAAGGUGGCCACAAGUGCGCUUUUCUUAUCAGUACAUAUGGCAUUGGCAAGGAGAGAAUACUUCUUGAGGUGCAUCGUCGAUGCGGCGUGCGUAUAUCUGUCACGGACCGUAAAUACGGAGUGCUGCAGUGCCUUGAAUGGGAAAAUGAAAGUUUCAGUGACAUCUUUACAGUGUGUGCUGAACAAACUCCAGUUCGUGUGGUGCGAUGGAACUUCUUGGGCGAUGUGUGGCCAUUCUUCAAACCCAAUUUUGUCAACAUGGAGGCCUACAGAGCGGAGGCUGGGGUUGACAAGGUUGUUGGGUUUGUGCCGACAGGGUGGACUUACGAUUCUAAGCGUGCCAGCUUCGAUGUCCGUCGCAAGGGUGCCUGUGAGGUGCACCUGGUUCCUUACAGUGAGCACUCGAGCUACAGUGAGCUCAGAGAGUUUGUCAGAGGGAUGAAGCCCCGAGAGGUCAUUCCCACAGUCGUCAACGACAAGGACACCAAUGGCAGGAAACAAGCUGUUUUGUUGAGGCACUUCCGAAACCUGGUGGACGAAACGGCAUCCAAGGCAGACUUCCUUGAGUCGAUCCGCAGGUCUGCGGUAAGUGCCAAAAGUCCACAACUCACUGGCUUCCAAACAGAGGCAGCAGAAGCAGGAGAGUGUGCCCAAGAUAUUCUGCCUAGCAGCCCCAGGGUGGCAAUGGAAUCAUUCUCAGCCAGUGGGAAUCAAGAAGGUCAGAAUGAAGCUGAUGUUGCUGGCAUCAUGGGAGUUGCAAGUGCUGAUGCAGGUGGCGCAGGCCAAAGGGAAGAACAAUGUGUGGUUUCCUGUCGCAAGGAUUGUGUGGAAGACAGCAGGGUAGGUUGUGCAGGCUGCCCUGGAUCUGGUGAGCUGGAAGGGUAUUCAGAACAUUUAUCUGGCUGCAAAGAGCAGGAUGAAGCGGGAGGCAAGGCAAGACUGUCUACACGGGGCAGUGAGCAGUGUGACCACAGCAUGCGAUGUGUUCAGAUAGUUCAACAGAUGCCUUCUAGCAAAGAUGGACUCCCAGCAGUGCCGAAACUGCACAGUGAGUUGGCCCCUGAAACCUGCAGCUUUCAAAAUGUGCAACCUGGCAUUUGUGAAUCCCUAGAGGCUACAUCUGCUUUCGCAUCCAUGAGCACCGAUGGGCAAAUAGCAGAAAAAGCAACUGUGCACACCUGCAUACCCGCUGCUAAAAGGGAAGUCAAAGACUCCAUCAGUCUACAAAGUGGAGCAGACAGCCUGCGUGCAAGCCUUGGGGUUGGUAAUCCGUCUACAGGCAACAAAGGAAUGGAGAGUGGAGGGAUUGAGAGGGCUGGACUCAAGGAAGCCGUUGGGAAAGUCUUGGCAGUCUUGUCCAACCAGGUCAGCGAGCAGGAGGCCACACAGUUGCUGCAGUCUGCGUGUGGCCAAGUCGAAGUUGCAGUGAACAUGUUCUAUGAUGGAAACCGGUCUUGGCGUUCGCCAUCAUGUGUUGAAUCAGCUUCAACCCGGGAGGCUCGGAGCAGGAAGAGCCGCAUCAGUGCCGCAGGUGUGGCUGUAGCUAGGAAGCAGGGCACACCAGGCAAGGGAAAUUCACAGCGAUCGAUAAAGUCAUUCUUCUUGAAAAGUGGGUCAGAAUUGUCCAGUCAAGUCAAUGCCGGCUCUGGCUGCUUGCCACAGGGGGAACACAUCGGAAGGCCAUUGGCAGGAGUGCAGGAAUCUGCUGGUGGAAGAGAUGGUGGUGUUAGUGUCAACCCACACAACUCUAAGCAAGAGGGACUGAGUUUCUCUUUCUUGGGGCCCUUGGUGGAUUCUCACGAUAUUUGUCAGGGAACCAGUGACAAAAAUUGUAACCUGUUCAAGUCAGUCGGGCCUCAAGAUCAGCUCUCAGACUCAACAGUGCCUCUUUCUAUUGGUUCCGACGAUGAAGAUGGCAGGGCAUGCAAAAGACCAAGAAUACAACCCCGCCCUGGUGCAGAGUCUAUGAGCAUUCUUGGCAGAAACGAUGGCCCAGCAAAUGAUGGAAUUAGCGAAAUAUGGACAUCAGAGCAUGAGAUUGCACCUGUGCCACCAGGAACAGCGCUUGGGGAGGGACAUAUAAGUGAUGAUUUUGCAGGCCACAAUGCACCAGUUGUGCAUGAGCUCGAAGGAAAAGAUGCCCAAAAUGCAAUGGAGUAUUGUCAUGGGAGUCGAGCACUGCAGGGGACCCCAUCGGCAGUGCAAGAUGCUGUCCUCAAGCCCUUGGAAAAUUAUGACCCGGUUGCAGAUGCAUGUUGGCACAAGGGUGAUCCGCCACCAUACCUCCACAUCGCUAGGACAUUCCAUGCCCUUGACUCUACCACCAAGCGGCUCAAGAUCGGAGACGCCCUCACGAACAUGUUCCGAUCUGUGCUGGCCCUCUCUCCGGAGCACCUCCUGCCAACUGUGUACCUCACAGUGGGGAAGGUUGCUCCUGACCAUGUGGGUGGCGAGCUGAAUGUGGGGGGCAGCACAGUGGCAGCCACGAUCACAGAGGCCACCGGAGUCAGCCGCAGCCGUAUGAGUGAACUGUACAAGCAGCUUGGUGACUUUGGAGAUGUUGCUCAGGUAUGCCGCCGCAAUCAGUCCACCCUUGUGCAGCCGCCACCUCUGACAGUCCCAGGUGUAUUCGCGACGCUGCAGCAGAUUGCCAGUGAGAAGGGCCAGGGCGCCAUGCGGCGGCGCCAGCGCCUGGUGCUGUGGCUGUUGCGGGCAUGCAGGGAAUGGGAGACCACCUAUUUGGUGCGGACUCUGAUUCAGAACCUGAGGGUAGGGGCAAGCUGGCGGUCUGCAGUGGAGGCGUUGGGCCGUGCGUCCGUCAUUCACAGAGAGGGGCGUGUGGUCCCCAAGGCCCAGCAGGAGGCCGCCUCGAGUGCCGUGGCAUCUGCCUACCACAUGUGUCCCAGCUUCGACGCCCUUGUCCCUGUGCUAGUCGAAGGGGGUUUUGAAGAAGUCCAAAGGAGGUGCACACUGCUGCCCGGCGUGCCUGUAAAGCCGAUGCUCGCCAAAAUCUCUGGCGGCUUGGAGGACGCGGUGGGGCAGCUGCGAGGGGCGCCAUUCCUGGCCGAGUACAAGUAUGAUGGCCAACGUGCCCAGGUGCACCUCCUGGCCGAUGGAUCAGUCUCCAUCUUCUCCCGACGCUGCGAGGACAAGACGGCCGCCUUCCCGGACGUGGCGGCGGCCGUCCGUCGCGCCGCCUCCGCCUCCACCCUCAUCCUUGAUGCCGAGAUCGUCGCGGUGGACCGCCAACACGGCAACCGCCUGCGGCCCUUCCAGGAGCUGUCCCGGCGGGCGCGCGCGGACGUCUCCGCGGACGGCGUGGCCGUCGACGUCUGCCUGUUCGUCUUCGACGUGCUGCAGCUGGACGGGGACGCGCUGGUGAAGGCACCUCUGAGGGCGAGGAGGCGGGCGCUGCGCAGGGCCCUGGCCUUCACGCCGGGAGAGGUCGAGAUGGCGGUGUCCAUCGAAAUCAGCGACGGGGAGCAUGCGAAGGAUGGGGCGCCCGGGGGGGAAGGGACGCCUUUGCGCGGUGGGGAGGGCGUCGACGGGGCUCGCGCAUCGGCGAUCGCGGGCGGCCGGAGGGAUCCGGGGGGCUGUGGUGGAGGGGAUGGUGCCCCCGGAGUGAAGGGUUUGACGGCGCCCGGUGCACGGGAGAAGGGCCCGGUUUCCGUUUCGACGGAACCCACGGACCUGGCGCGGGGCGAGGCGGGGCUGACGGCGUCCAUGGACGUGGGCGGCGAUCAUACGGGCCUGGACGCGCAAGCGGGGGAAGUUAAUCGAGAAUCCGAUGGCCCGACGGUUGAUCGUCAGGGAGCGCGGGGCCAGAGAGGCGACGGGUCGCCGUCGACGACCCGGCGUAACGACGUUCCGGUUUCCGUCCCGACGGGCACGACCGCCUCUUGGGAUCGGAUGGAGCAAACGGACGGCCGCCAAGCAGCGGAGCGCUGCGUGGUGUCCCGCGUGGCAGAUUUUCUGAUGCAGGCGCUGUCCACGGGCGCGGAGGGACUGAUGCUGAAGGCGCUGGACGACGCCGGCUACGAGCCCAGUCGGCGCUCCGAGCAGUGGCUCAAGGUCAAGCGCGACUACUGCGAGGGCCUGGCCGACUCUUUCGACCUGGUGCCCAUCGGUGCCUGGCACGGCAGCGGCCGCAAGCACGCAUGGUUCAGCCCAUUCCUGAUGGCCGUCUACUGCCCCGUCGCGGAGGAGUACCAGAGUCUGUGUCGGGUGAUGUCGGGCUUCAGCGACGCCUUCUACACGGAGGCCACCCGCCGCCUGACCGGCACGAUCGCGCCGCGCCGGAAGGCGUACUACAACACCGGGGAGUCGCCCAGCGUGUGGUUCGAGCCCACCGAGGUGUGGGAGGUGCGCGGGGCGGACCUGACGCUGUCGCCGGUGCACAGGGCGGCGGCGGGCCUGGUGGCGGGGGACCGCGGGGUGGGCCUAAGGUUCCCGAGGUUCGUGGGGGUGAGGGCGGACAAGGGCGCCACGGACGCCACGUGCCCGGAGGAGGUGGCGGAGGCGUUCCGCAGGCAGGCCAAGGCUCCGGCCGGCGGGGCGGCCCCGGCGGCCGCGGGGAGGGCCUGGGCGGGCAGCGAGGGGAACAGUGAAUGA